UGGCAAGCCCGCGCUGCGCUGUUGGUUGCCGGGCCUUGCCGCGCCGCUUUCCCUGCAACGCCAAGAUGGCCUGGGCGGGCAGCGGCUGGCGGCGCCUGGGGUGCCUCACAUGGCGGCUGGGCGGCGGCUCGGCCGGGCUCCCGGAGGCGAGGCGCGGGGCCCGGUGCGUGGCCUCCUUUGGAGCCAGGCGCGGCUUGCAGGGCUGGGCCGGGAAGCGGAGUCCGCUGCUGCUGGGGGCCGCCUUCGGGCUGGGGGGCACCCUCGGGCUGUACCAGUCCCUGCGGCAGAGCAUCCAAGGCCAGGAGCAGCAGGCGGAGCAGGAGGUCGCGCAGCUCCCGGAAGGCCACCUGCAGCUGACUCUCUACCAGUACAAGACCUGCCCGUUCUGCAGUAAAGUGCGAGCAUUCCUCGAUUAUCAUGGGCUGCCUUACAAAAUCGUGGAGGUGAAUCCGGUCAUGCGGAAGGAAAUCAAGUUCUCUUCUUACAGAAAGGUGCCCAUUCUUUUGGCCGACGCUGGAAGUGCCCUGCAAUUGAAUGACUCUUCGGUGAUCAUCAGUGCCCUUAAAACCUAUCUGAUUUCCAGGAAGAGUUUGGAUGAGAUUGUGUCCUAUUACCCUCCUAUGAAAGCCAUCAACGAACGGGGAAAAGAAGUGACGGAUUAUGGCAACAAAUACUGGCUCAUGCUGGAUGAGAAGGAAACGGUGCACCAUUACCCGAUCAAAGCUGCAAGGACGGAGGAGAUGAAAUGGCGGAAAUGGGUAGAUGAUUGGCUCGUGCACCUCAUCUCACCCAACGUUUAUCGUACGCCUGGCGAGGCCCUGGCCUCUUUUGAUUACAUUGUCCGCGAGGGCAAGUUUGGCACACUGGAAGGCUUCUUUGCCAAAUACGUUGGGGCUGCUGCUAUGUUCUUUAUCAGCAAGAGACUGAAGAGCAGGCACCAUCUGCAAGAUGAUGUCAGAGAAGACCUGUACAAAGCAGCCAAUGAUUGGGUAAAAGCCAUCGGCAAACAUCGAAUGUUCAUGGGGGGAUCCCAGCCGAACCUUGCUGACUUGGCUGUAUAUGGAGUCCUACGAGUCAUGGAGGGGCUGGAAGCAUUUGAUGACAUGAUGAUUCACACCAAAAUUCAGCCUUGGUACCGUCAUAUGGAGGCAGCCAUUGGGGAAGCCAGAGCUAUUAAUUGACAUCUUCCACUCAUGCAGAUGGGACUGAAACAGGCUAAGUGGAAUGCCUGGUGCAGCACUAAUAAAGGAUUUGGGGGAAGCCAGGAAAUGGUAGAAGUGUGGUUAACGGUUCAUAGGAAAUAUAAAAUUUUAGAGGCACACAAUAGAUGUUAUGCUUGGCAAGUGGAUUCUGAUUUCAAAUGGGUGUGGACUGCGCCUGUGAUUGUACAGACUGCUGUGAUGGCUGUUUUUGUUCUACUUAGAGAUUUGACUUCCAGUUCGGUUUCUGACUCGCCCUAAAUGGCUUCCUGCCUAUUUUAAAGUACGGUAAUGGCACAGAUAUAUGCCGAAAAAGAUCGAGGAAAUGGGCACUUGUCAGAAGAACCACCCUGUAUGAUGGAAAAGAGGUGAUAGCUAUAGAAGAAAUGCGCUUCCAGCUCUUCCGAAGUGGCUCAUCUUCUUUCUCUGGGAUGUGUACUGUUUAGUGAGCUUCUGUGUUACAUGCAUGCAGACCCAGUUACAGUAAUAUAAGUGGACAACAAAUACUUAUGAAAUCUGUCUUUGAAAAUGGAUUAGAUUUCAGGAAAUGUUCCUACUGACUAAAGCAAGAAUAUUCUGGAAAGAGUGAAAUCGAGUACACCCUACGCUCCUGAACUGCUACCCAGUGCAGGAAAGUCUUUUGGGUUGCAAAAUUCCUAUGUAACUGGGUGGAUGGGGCCAGAAUCCUUCCCCGGCAUACAUGAAGUUUGUAAUCUGUGACAAUGAUACUCUGCAUAUGUGUGAUUAUCACACAUUAUGAUACACAUGUAUAUGGAAGUUUGGUAAAACAUAUAGUACCCGUGAUUCUUACAUUUGGGAGUAAGUACACCUGACCACAGUGGAGUUUACUUUUAAACAAAUGUAAGAGGAUUGUGCUAUGGAUGAAACCUUGAAUGUCAGUGGGGCUACUGUAUGAAAAAUGGUUUCUUGAGGUUUUUUAGCCUUCCGUGACUAGUGAUAAAAGUUGGGUUGACUUGCAAGUAAAAAACACUUCCACUGAAGGUAAUGGGAUUGCUUCAUUGUAUAUGACCAGAUGACUGCAGCUGAAGUUACAUCUGCAUUUGCUCUUCAGCUGGCUUAGUGCAAAAUUCAGAAGUGAAUUUUAUGUGUCCCCCCCCCCCUUUUUCCCCCCCAAAGUCAUUCGCCUACAUUCACUAUUGGGAAACAAGUACUGCUGAAAUCAAAGAUUUGAUUCCAUGCUAAUAUGCUGGGUUAUGGCAUGUUAGGAUGGAACUUUCCCUCUUGAGCUAAUUCCUGCCGGGGACAAUUGUCACAGACACAACCAGUUUGGGAAGCCAUAGACUGAUGUAUGCAUUGCCAGUUCCUCAGGCAGAAUUUUGCACUCUCUGAAAGGAAGAUGCCCCCCCUCUGUUUUCCUUUUCUUCCAUAGACGGCUUGCAGUGUAGUGAGCUGAUCGUGCAAAGAUAUCAGGGAUCCAGCCCGCUGUGUAUUUUUCUCUAGGCUUGAGAGGAAGAAACGAUAUUUGCAAUAAAGUAAAU